CAGCAAAAUACGAAUUUAACUCAAUUUUUAAUACAUUAGUUUUGCGCAUGUAGUUGUUGUGCUCGCGUGUCGGUGUAAAAGUAAAAGCCGCGCAUUCAGCUUUACGUUGCUGAUUCGAAGGAACUAAUAUAGCGCCACAGACAUGGGUGAUGAAGGCGAAGGUGGCAAAGAGACAGAGAAGAAGAUCCUACACGUUUAUCCGUUGGUCAAGUACUCGGACAUGAAUGAGGAAAUGCGCACUGAGGCCAUUGAGUUGAGCAUCACGGCUUGUGAAAAAUAUUCAUCCAACUAUGAACAAGCAGCUAAGAUUAUAAAAGAGACGAUGGAUAAGAAGUUUGGUAUCUACUGGCAUGUUGUGGUCGGAGAAGGUUUUGGUUUUGAAAUCUCCUACGAAACCCAAAAUUUACUCUACUUGUUUUUUGCCGGUAACUUGGCCAUCGUUCUGUGGAAGUGCUCGUAAGUAGGCCACAAGCAAGCAAGCCAGCAAGCAAUUCUACUAGGAACCAAAAGAUGUACCUUGAAAUCGUUCACCAUUUUUGAAUUGAUAUUACAUGUAAACAAAAUUUUUAUUUGUUAUGUGUGUUAAGCAAUAAAAGGAAUAACAGAAAUGCCGAA